AUGAUUCAUACUCUACUUACGAAGAGAACGGCUGGAAGUAUUUCGAAUGGUGUAGGAGUGAUAGGUACCCGAGGGCUAGUGAUCAAAAGCGCCACCAAAAACCUAAGAUAUCCAUUGAAACCUACCCUCCAUGGAAAUUUGAACAAAAAAACGGUUAAUUUGCCUUUGGUAACAUCCUUUAUUAGAUAUCAAUCAAAUAUAUUGAAUAAUGAUAAAACUCAAGAACUUGUUAAGUCCGGCGGAUCCAAGCCGGCUACUGAGGUUACCAAGCUUGAAGAGAAGAAAGACAAAAAAUCUCUUUGGGAAAAGGUAAAGCACGAAGCACAACAUUAUUGGGAUGGAACUAAGUUGUUAGGUUAUGAAAUGAAAGUGUCAACUAAAUUGUUGUUUAAAAUGGCCUUAGGGUAUGGCUUGUCUCGUAGAGAAGCAAACCAGUUGCAACGUACUAUUGUAGAUGUGAUAAGAUUAGUACCAUUUUCAAUGUUCCUUAUUAUUCCAUUUGCAGAGUUAUUGUUACCUGUUGCUUUGAAAAUUUUCCCAAAUUUGUUACCUUCAACAUAUGAGUCAAAACAAGACAAGAAGAAGAAGAGAGCAAAGUUGUCCAAGACUAGAGUGUCCACUUCUGAAUACAUCAAAAGAACUAUGGAAGAAUCUGGUUUAAAGUUAUCUAAGAAAAUUACUGAAGAGGAAAAAGAGGCUUUCGUUUCUUUCUUCCAUACUAUUUCAAUGGGUAAGAAUCCAACCAGAGAACAUUUGAUUCAGGUAGCUCGUAUGUUCAAGAACGAUCAAGUUUUAGAUAAUUUAUCUCGUCCUCAAUUGGUUGCCAUGUCCAAAUAUAUGUCCUUAAGACCAUUUGGUACUGAUUCUAUCUUACGUUAUCAAAUCAGACAUCGUUUAUUGACCAUUAUUAAAGAUGACAAAGCAAUUGAUUACGAAGGUGUUGAAUCAUUAAGUAUCCAAGAAUUACAAAUGGCUUGUUCCCAGAGAGGUAUUAAGACUACUGAUGUUUCUCCUGGAAGGUUGAGAGACGAUUUAGCAACUUGGUUGGAUUUAAGAUUAAGACAAAAAAUUCCUUCUACCUUGUUAAUUUUAUCGUCAACUUAUACUUAUGGUGAUGGCUCACACAGUAUUGAAACAUAUUAUGAUGCAUUGUUGGCUGUAUUGUCUUCCAUCCCAGAUGAAGUUUACAAUGUCGCUAAAUUGGAAUUAUCUGACGACUCGAAGUUGAAGUUGAACAUCUUGAAGGAACAAGAUGAGUUAAUUAACGAAGAAAACUUAAGAGAAAAGGAUACUGUAAAUAAAGUCAAGGAUAAUAUCAAUUUGGAUGAAUACGAAGAUACUGCUACUGAGGGUAUGAAGAUUGAUAAUGAAGAAACUGAGUCUGAAAGAAAGAAUGUAGAAAAAAUUGAAGAACAGAAAAAAGAGGAAGAAUCUGAAAAUCCAACUGGCAAUGAAACCUCAACUAAAAAGAACUAG